AUGGCAGACAUUUUAUCAGCAGUUGGCGGCAUUGUGUCGGCCGGUCUAGGAGUAGCAAAUACAGUCACAUCAAAAGCAGAAGGUCUUUUCGUUACCGUCACGUCAGGUGCCGAUGGUGCUUGGCAUACGGCUACUAGCGGUGUUGUUGUUGAGUUUAAUUCACUUACAUCUAAAGGUGGUGAAGGUUAUCAGAUUGUCACAUCAGGCGCCGAUGGUGUUUUUAGUACCAUUACACGUGGUGCUGUUUCCGAGUUUUCUGUUGUUACUAGUGGUGGAGCAGCACGCGUGGAUUCAUUGACCAGAGAUGGCUCUUCUGUUGAGACUAGCACAGCAUCUACCGAUAGUGAGGCAGCGUCUGGAAACAGGUCCUCAGAGGAUUCGUCAGCUAGCUCCACUGAGGAUUCUUCCAGCUCGUCGGAAAGUGGAUCAUCAUCAACCGCUCACUCAUCUGCAACCGCCGCUGCCGCAGGAUCAUCAGGAUCCUCUGAAUCAAGAACUACAAGGUCAUCGGAAGAGUCGAGCGCCUCAAAAUCAACUGAAUCUUCUUCGUCAUCAUCUUCGAACGCUGCUUCUUCAAUCAACAACAUCGAUGGAAUCAAGCAUUGGAAAAAGACUUUAGUGGUUGGGGCUUUAGUCGGGGUUUCAUUUGUUGCUACUGUAUUAUAA